AUGGCAUCAUUAUCAUUGUUUGCUCCUUCUCGUUGGUCAUCCCCAUCUCGAUCUUAUAAUGACAGCAAUCUUCAAGUUGACGAGGAACUCACCAAUCUUAAAACAUGGGAAUCAUCAAUGUCACGUAUACCUGAUGCAGAAACAUUUUGCAGUGGUUUAGCAUGCCUGGAAAGAUUAUACACAUGUGCUGACAAUCUUUUAAGUCUGCCACUGACCCAACAAGCCUUUUCAAACUAUCAACAUGAUAAAUUAGUUGAGGAGUUGCUGGUUCGAUCAAUGAGACUUUUGGAUAGUUGUGGUACUAUUGGAGAUGUAGUUUCGCAAGUGAAGGCACAUGUAAGAGAUAUUCGAUCUGCUCAAAGGAGACGAAAGGAAGAUUUAAGCAUCGAUGAUUCAUUUGUAAAGAAACUAAACAAGGAUGCCAAGAAAGCAGUUGGAGAGUUAAAGCAAAUCGAUCAGAUUUAUGCCUCAAAACCGUUAAAUCUUGAGCACCACCUCUCUUCGGUGAUCGCAGUACUAAGAGACGUUAGCGAAGUCAGCAUUUCUGUGUUUGGAUUGCUCUUAUCGUUCUUGUCUUUGUCUAUUACCAAGCUGAAGUCAACAAGUAAAUGGUCGACAGUCUGGAAAUUGAUUCAGAAAGAAACAGCAGGAAGCAAGUAUCCUUCUCAAACUUGUGUUGAGACUUUGGAUACCCACGUUGAAGGGAUUGAGAUUGGCUUGACGUCCAUGUUUAGAAAUCUGAUCAGAACAAGAGCCUCCAUCCUAAAUAUCAAAUCUCUCUAA